AUGGGACCCCCGCGUUCCCACCACAUUUAUACCGCGGCAGGGGAAUCCAGAACACACAAUUUGUUAGACGGAGGAAACGACCCGAUGUUUAAUCGAAACAGAAGGGAUAUUUUCUUUGCCGUUCGCGACAAGUUGCCAACUCCACCUCCCACUACCACUCCUUCCAACAGGCGCAAUUACAAUUUGUGGUGUGACUACCACAAAGAGCACGGCCAUACCCUCGCCCAAUGUCGCGAACUCAAGCGUAUCUUGUAUCAGCUGGCCGAUGAAGGAAAGCUUUCCAGGUUCCUCAACAAGAGGGACUAUGACACGGGAGAAGGAGCAAACAGAAGGCAGUGGAAUCAAAGACGCGGAUCCCCCAAGAGGGAAGAGGCAAGGCGCGAAGGUUCCCAUACGCAAGGGACCAUCAACAUGAUUUUUGGAGGAUACACCGAGGAAUAUCCUACCGUCCGCGCUGCAAAAGACAGUGUUCAUACUCUGCUGAAAAGACCAACAACGACCGUAACCAGCGGGCCGGUCAUGAAAUUUGAUGCCACGACCUCUCAAACGCUGCAACAGCCCCAUACUGACCCUCUGUUCGAGGAAAAGCACUUGCAGCCCCUCGAUAAGCCGCUGAUCGAAUUUGGGGGAAGUCAGGUCAUUCCGCUAGGAACGAUCAUUCUCCCCGUGCGCGUGGGAGAAAGAAGUGAAAGCAGGACCCUGCUCAUACGUUUCACGGUAGUGGAUCUCACUUUCCCUUACAACGCCAUCGUGGGACUUCCCCUCAUUAACAAGAUCAAAGCUGCAAUCUUCCCUCAUCAACUCUUGUUGCAAUUCGAACGGGACGAUAGAAAAGUUGGCAUCCUCAAGGGAGAUCAGAUAACGGCACGCCAAUGCCUUAUAAACACUCUGAAGCGCGGACACUCCGCGACACCCACCAAAAUGGAAAGGGAAGAUCAAGACGCUCCCGCUGUCAUGAGCGUAUAUAUGGAAAACCCUAGCACACACGAAAGGCCUCGCCCCAUAGAAAGAUGCGAGGCAGUAGACAUGUUCGAGGGAAAGCAACUAAAGAUAGGGAAAGAUCUUCCUGGUACGAUUAAAAAAGAAAUCGUGGCCACCAUUGCUGAGUUCCGUGACGUCUUCGCCUUCAGCACGGAAGAAAUGCCUGGCAUCCCUACUAGCGUCAUGUGUCAUAAACUUGACAUAAGACCAGGCCACAAACCAGUAAAGCAAAAGCUGCGGCAUCAAGGAAAAGAGCGGACCGAGGCCGCCAAAAAGGAAGUUGAAAAAUUAUUGAGAGCCGGAUUCAUUAGAGAAUGCAAAUACUCCGAUUGGCUAUCCAAUGUCGUCCUCGUGAAGAAACCAAAUGGCAAAUGGAGGAUGUGUGUCGAUUUCACGGAUUUGAAUAGAGCCUGCCCCAAGGACGACUAUCCACUUCCCAAAAUAGAUCGCCUGGUGGACUCCACAGCAGGCCAUGCGCUACUAAGUUUCAUGGAUGCCAAUGCCGGAUAUCACCAGAUUCAAUUGGCGCCGGAGGACCAAACACACACGGCCUUCAUUACUAGCAUGGGUGUCUACUACUACAAAGUCAUUCCCUUCGGGUUAAAAAAUGCUGGAGCCACCUAUCAAAGGAUGCACGCUGCGGACUUGCGUGAAACGUUCAAUACACUCCGUAAACACCAGAUGAAGCUCAAUCCGGACAAGUGCGUGUUCGGGGUCACCGGAGGAAAAUGUCUCGGCUUCUUGGUAGACGAACGGGGCAUCGAGGCAAAUCCAGAUAAGAUUCAGGCCAUUCAAAACAUGAGAUCCCCCACCUCCGUAAAAGAAGUGCAAAAGCUUACGGGGUGUAUAGCCGCACUAGGAAGAUUCCUUUCAAAGUCAGCAGACAAAUGCUUGCCUUUCUUCAAAACAAUAAAGCAACAGAAAUUCGAAUGGACCGCGGAAGCAGAAGAGUCUUUCCGUCAGCUUAAGGAGCACUUAUCGGCCUUGCCAAAAUUAGUUUCGCCCAUCAACGGGGGAAAGCUAGUCUUAUAUGUCUCUGUCUCCGAAUACUCGUUACCCGGAGUGCUUGUGGCGGAAAGGGAAAAGAAGCAGCUCCCAAUAUACUAUGUGAGUCAUGCAUUCCGCGGCUCAGAAGGAAACUAUUGCGAAGUGGAAAAGGUCAUAUUUGCGAUAGUGAUGGCCAGCAGGAAAUUAAAGCCAUACUUUCAGUCCAACCCGAUCAUUGUCCGGACUGAUCAACCUUUAAAAAAGAUCCUUGAGGGGAAAAACAAGUCGAGCCGUGUCACAGAUUGGGCAAACCAGCUAGCAGAUUUCGGCAUCGAGUACGAGCCUCGAACGGCAAUUAAAGCACAAGCCUUGGCUGACUUUAUUGCUGAAAGCACUUCCCCCCCUCCUGCUGAACUUAAUCGAGAAUGGAAAUUGUAUGUAGACGGGUCUUCAACACAAUCGGCGAGUGGGGCCGGGCUCCUCAUUGUGUCUUCCGCCGGGGUCCGCAUGGAAAGGGCGGUCAGAUUUGAGUUCGCGGCAUCCAACAAUGAGGCCGAGUAUGAAGCAUUACUGAUGGGGCUGAAAAUCUGCUACGAGGCAGGGGCUAAAGAAUUGGCCGCAUUCUCGGAUUCCCAAUUGAUAGUGGGGCAAGUAAACGGGGAAUUCGAGGCUAAAGAUGAUAGCAUGAAAAUGUAUCUGCAGCAAGUGAAGGACUUUAUUCCAAAGUUUGACAAGUUCACGUUGGAGCACAUUCCACGAUCCCAAAAUGCCCAGGCCGAUUCCCUAGCAAAACUUGCCAGCUCCGCAGAUACUUCCGCGGCUCGUGAUAUAAUUUGGGAAGUGCUCCCCAACCCCAGCAUCAACUUCAUGAUCAACACCAUCGACAGAUCUGAAACAUGGAUGGGGCCAUACGUUAAGUACUUGCAAGAUCAAACGCUCCCCCAGGACGAGAAUCAGGCCAAAAUGCUCUAG